AUGUCUUCUGGAAAAUCAAGAACUCAUCUUUUACAGCUUUCAUCAUCGGAAUCAAGUGAUGUUGGGACAGGACGUGAAAUUGAUUUUAUUCCAAAAUUGGAUGGCAAUUUAGAAGAAAGUCAAGAUGUUGGAACUGCUAGAGAAAUAAAACCUAGUCAUAAGGUUCCAUUAGCUGAUAUUUCUAAUGAUCCUACAAGUGAUGUCGAAACAGCUAGAGAAGUUUCUCAGGGUCCUCAUUCAAUGCCAAAAGAUAACUUAAACAUAAGUGGAUUAAAUCAAGCACUUGGUACUUUAAAUAUUCAAGGAUUACCACAGGCUUCUAGUUCUGCACCCACAGAAAAUCCACAAGUUAUUACUCCUACUGAACAAGUACCAGCUAUAGUUAGCAAUGAAAAAAACCAAUCAAAUGAAAUUUCUUUAACAACAUCAUCUGCUCAGGAACAACCAUCAAAUGUUGUCCCGGUUAGCACAGAAGUCCAGCCCGUUUCAACUGGAACACCUCAAAUCGUUUCUUCAUCAGCUGUUGAAACUGCAAAUGUUGCUAAUCAACCCCAACAAAUUGCUGCACCAGCUAUAAAUGAGACUUCUCAACCAAAUCCAUCUGUUCAAGAAGUACCACAAGUUCAGCCAACUGCUACAGAAGUUCAACAAACUCCAGUUGCUGCUCCAGGUGUAAGUGAAACGCCAUCAACACCUCAACCUGUUCCUCCAUCUUCGGUUGAAACGUUACCAUCAGCUAAUGUCACUUUAACUACAGAAAAUGUUAAUGAAGAGAAACCAAAAAUCAUUGAAGAAGAAAAGCCAAAAUCUGAUGUAAAUGAUAAGUUAUGUGAAAAUAAAUUAAAAUCAAAUGACGUUGCAUCACUUAAUUCAUCUUCAACUGAUGUAGUUCAGCCUAAGGUUGUUGAAUCAGGAACAGAGAAAGCUGCUCCAUUACUUGUUCAUAUUGCUCCAUCAGAAACAGCUUGUGGUAAAAAAGAUGAGGUUAAAGAAGAAGCUUCAAAAGGUGUUAACAUUAUUCCAGUAAAGGAUAGUAUUCCUGAGAAGGUUAAAGUAGAUGAACCUAAAGAUACCACACAUAACGCUGUUAAGGAAACUGCCACACUUAAUCCUAGUGAACAUAAAAUCACUAAACCUGAAACACCAGUAAUCACAAAGACACAAGUUGAAGUUAAAAAUGAGGAUACCAAGGUUAAUUCGCUACCAAAUAAAGUUGAACAAAAAGUUUCUGCUAAGGAGGCAGAAAAACCAAAAGUCGAGGCUACCAAAUCUCAACCAAAGAAAGAGAUACAACCAGAAAAACAAUCUUCUGGAUGUUAUGAUGAGAAGAUAGUUGCAUCUGAAUUAGAAAGUCUAGCACAGAAUUUAGGAUUACCAAAAGGAUCAACACAAGAAGAAACAAUAUCUAUUUUAUAUUUUUAUAUAAAAAAUGCUGAGUCAAAAGGAUAUUUAAAGAAUAUAAUACAAAAACCAAAAAAAAACGACAGAGUUACUGUUAUGUCAAUUGAUGAAGUACCCCUCGGAAUGAAGACCAGUGGGAAUAAAAAAAUUGACACGCUUGCAAAAAUUGUUAGAUUAAAGUAUUUAGAACAAUUCAGAGAUAUUCAAGAGUAUGUAAAUCAAAGAAUUAACAAGGCACAAAUAAUGACAGCUGAUCCUAAAACAAAUAUGAGUUUAGCUAAAGUUGGAUUUUAA